UCGCAGAUAUAGUGUGUGUGUGUGUGUGUGUCUGUGGGUGUAUGUAGAGGAUGGCUCAGAGCUCAGGUGCAAGCGAAGGGUUCACAGAACCAGUCAAACAGGCAUCAGGACUGGUCUAUUUUCCCAGACGACAGAGCACUUUUCUGGUCUAGGGGCUGGAGCUUGAGCCCCUUCUUGGACUUCAAACCCUGGAGCUCUAUUAGUCUUCUUUUUUAUAUACAUUCUUUCUUAGGAGAACAUUUUUAAUGACUAUGGAUCUUGCGAAUGCUUGCAAGUUCAAAGCAACGUAAAGGAAAUUCUGUGUUUUUGUAUCUCAUGAUUGGUAAUUAUUUUGCACUCUGAGCUGUGAGCAGUGAAAGGAGCAGCUCUCAGAGGUGGAUCUUGAGGAAGUUAAAUCAGAGAAGCAUGUCCUGCCUCACUCCUGCCCCAAGCUGGACCUUUGCAUCUACUGUGAGUGGAUAGCUACCAAGGGAGACGAAACAAGGGAGGGAUCCUGAAGAAAGGAGAGGACCAUCCUGAUUACUCAGUCUCCAACACACCUGUGAGUGCCCCUUCUCUGACAAAGGCACUGCAGAGGACAGGAGGAAUAAAAAGAUAAUUAGCAGCAGAGAAAAUCAAAAGGCUAAGAGAAGACUUGGGGUCCACGCUUCAUUCCUCCAUUCAUCCCUCUGUUCCUCCUUGUGUCCCGUUCCCACCUGUGAGGAUUAAUUGGACUGGAGCAGCAUGGCGCAUGCCGCCUCGCAGCUGAAGAAGAAGGCGGACGAGAACCUCAAUGCUGCGGAGGAAGAGAAGGAGAAGAAGAAGGCGAGGAAGCGUGUCCGCGAAGUGAAGAAAAAGACGGAUGUAAAUGCCUGUUACCUCCGUGCAGCUCGUGCUGGGAAUCUAGAAAAAGCUUUGGACUACCUGAAGAAUGGAGUUGACAUCAACAUUUGCAAUCAGAAUGGUCUGAAUGCUCUCCAUCUCGCCUCCAAAGAAGGCCAUGUGGAAGUGGUGGCUGAGCUCAUCAAACAGGGUGCCAAUGUGGAUGCAGCUACUAAGAAAGGAAACACAGCCCUCCACAUAGCUUCCCUCGCCGGGCAGACAGAUGUGGUGAAGGAGCUCGUCACCCACGGUGCCAACGUCAAUGCACAAUCUCAGAAUGGCUUCACUCCGCUGUAUAUGGCAGCACAGGAGAACCAUUUGGAAGUGGUGCAGUUCUUAUUGGAUAACGGCUCCAGUCAGAGCAUCGCCACUGAGGAUGGGUUCACUCCUCUGGCGGUGGCGUUGCAGCAGGGCCACGACCAGGUGGUUUCCCUCCUUCUGGAAAAUGACACCAAGGGGAAGGUCCGCCUCCCAGCGCUGCACAUUGCUGCCCGGAAAGAUGACACCAAGGCCGCCGCCCUCCUUCUCCAGAAUGACCACAACGCUGAUGUGGAGUCCAAGAUGAUGGUGAAUAGAACAACAGAGAGUGGUUUUACUCCCCUCCAUAUUGCCGCACACUACGGUAACAUCAAUGUUGCAACACUCCUGCUUAAUAGAGGGGCAGCUGUGGACUUCAAGGCAAGGAAUGACAUAACGCCACUGCAUGUAGCAUCAAAACGUGGGAAUAGCAACAUGGUGCGACUGCUAGUGGAGAGAGGGGCCAAGAUAGAUGCACGGACCAAGGAUGGUCUGACCCCACUCCACUGUGGUGCCAGGAGUGGUCAUGAGCAGGUAGUGGAGAUGCUGCUGGACAGAGGAGCUCCAAUACUGUCAAAAACCAAGAAUGGUCUUUCACCCCUUCACAUGGCAACACAAGGGGACCACCUUAACUGUGUCCAGCUGCUCCUGCAUCAUGAGGUGCCCGUAGAUGACGUAACCAACGACUACCUGACGGCGUUGCAUGUUGCUGCCCACUGCGGACAUUACAAGGUUGCGAAGGUCAUCGUGGACAAGAAAGCCAACCCCAAUGCUAAAGCACUGAAUGGUUUCACUCCUCUGCACAUUGCCUGUAAGAAGAACAGAGUCAAGGUGAUGGAGCUACUAUUAAAGCAUGGAGCGUCAAUACAGGCGGUCACUGAGUCUGGUCUAACCCCCAUCCAUGUUGCAGCAUUCAUGGGACAUGAAAACAUCGUCCACCAAUUAAUCAACCACGGGGCUUCACCUAACACAAGCAAUGUGAGAGGGGAGACAGCACUUCACAUGGCUGCAAGGGCGGGACAGUCAAAUGUGGUCCGAUAUCUGGUCCAGAAUGGAGCACGAGUAGAUGUCAAGGCAAAGGAUGAUCAGACCCCACUGCAUAUUGCGAGUCGCCUUGGUAAGCAAGACAUUGUCCACCAGCUGCUGUCCAACGGAGCAUGCCCAGAUGCCACAACCAACUCUGGAUACACACCUUUACACCUGGCGGCCAGGGAGGGACACAGAGAUGUGGCAACUGCUCUGCUGGACCAAGGGGCUAGUCUGGGUAUUACCACUAAGAAGGGUUUCACUCCUUUGCAUGUGGCAGCAAAAUACGGCAAAAUCGAGGUGGCCAACCUGCUACUGCAGAAGGAUGCUCAGACUGAUGCUUCUGGAAAAAGUGGACUAACUCCACUGCAUGUGGCAGCACACUAUGAUAACCAGAAGGUGGCGCUACUUUUGCUCAACCAGGGAGCCUCACCGCAUGCUUCAGCUAAGAACGGUUACACACCACUCCACAUUGCAGCCAAGAAGAAUCAGAUGGAGAUAGCCACCACAUUACUGGAAUACGGAGCCUCCACUAACACCGUUACACGCCAGGGAAUCACUCCGUUACACCUCGCAGCACAGGAGGGUCAUGUGGACAUGGUGACACUGCUGCUGGCCCGAGACGCUCCUGUAAACAUGGGCAAUAAGUCUGGUCUGACUCCUCUUCAUCUGGCAGCCCAGGAGGAUAAAGUCAACGUUGCUGAAGUUUUAGUCAACCAGGGAGCAAUAAUAGAUCCGGAGACCAAGUUGGGUUACACACCUCUCCAUGUGGCCUGUCACUAUGGCAACAUAAAGAUGGUAAACUUCUUGCUGAAAAACCAAGCUAAAGUCAACGCUAAAACCAAGAAUGGUUACACUCCUCUCCAUCAGGCUGCACAGCAGGGACACACACACAUCAUCAACUUGCUGCUACACCAUGGAGCAUCGCCUAAUGAACUCACUGCUAAUGGGAACAGUGCUCUGUCCAUUGCCAGGAGGCUCGGCUACAUCUCUGUAGUCGACACACUGAAGGUUGUAACAGAGGAGACUCUAACCACUCAGACUGUGACAGAGAAGCACAAGAUUAAUGUUCCAGAGACAAUGAAUGAAGUGCUGGACAUGUCUGAUGAUGAAGUCCAUAAAGCCAAUAUCCCUGAAAUGAUCACAGAGGACUAUUUAUCUGAUGUGGAUGAAGAAAUGGAUGUUGGAAAUAUCUGCAUCAGCUAUUCCUGUGAUGAUGCAAUGACGGGGGACACAGACAAGUAUCUGGCUCCUCAGGACCUGCGGGAGCUGGGUGAUGAUUCACUCCCUCAGGAGGGCUACAUGGGCUUUAGCGUUGGUGCGCGGUCGCAAAGCCUACGUUCCUUCAGUUCUGAUAGGUCCAACACACUGAACCGGAGCUCUUUCACACGGGACAGCAUGAUGAUAGAGGAGAUGCUGGCCCCCAGCAAGGAGAUGGUGCUUUGUAAGGAAAAGUCUUUCAUUGUAGAACAUCACAAUAAGCAUUUGGCGGUGGCUAAAGAUGCUGACAACGACUCUCUGAGGAGAUACAGCUGGACUGGAGACGCUCUGGAUAAUGUCAACCUGGUUUCCUCACCAAUACACUCCGGUUUUUCCUCUCCGCUCCCGCAGUACGACAGCAGGUUCCUGGUUAGCUUCAUGGUUGAUGCCAGGGGCGGGUCCAUGAGAGGAAGUCGUCAUAACGGCAUGCGCAUCAUCAUCCCACCCCGGAAGUGCACGGCGCCCACUAGGAUCACCUGCCGAUUGGUCAAGAGGCACAAACUGGCAUCGCCUCCUCCAAUGGUGGAAGGAGAAGGCCUGGCCAGCCGACUGGUUGAGGUCGGUCCAGCGGGGGCUCAGUUCCUCGGACCUGUAAUUGUGGAGAUUCCUCAUUUUGGCUCAAUGCGAGGCCAGGAGAGGGAGCUGAUCCUACUGCGCAGUGAGAAUGGGGAAAACUGGAAAGAGCAUUUAUACGACUGUAAGACAGACGAUCUCAAUCAGCUUCUGAAUGGGAUGGAUGAAGAAUUAGACAGUCCUGAGGAGCUGGAGAGGAAGCGAAUCUGUCGGAUCAUCACCAAGGACUUUCCACAGUACUUUGCUGUUGUGUCUCGGAUAAGGCAGGAGACUAAUCAGAUGGGACCAGAGGGUGGGACUUUGUGCAGCCAGAGCAUCCCAUUGGUCCAGGCAUCUUUCCCCGAGGGGGCAUUAACUAAGAAAAUCAAGGUUGGACUGCAGGCUCAGCCAGUGCCUGAUGAGACUGUGAAGAAAAUCCUUGGUAACCGAGCAACCUUCAGUCCUAUUGUCACCGUGGAGCCAAGAAGAAGGAAGUUUCACAAGCCGAUCACCAUGACAAUCCCAGUCCCACCUCUCUCGGGAGAAGGUCUUACCAAUGGCUACAAAGGAGACUGUACUCCCUGCCUUCGCCUUCUCUGUAGCAUUACAGGUGGUACGUCGCCAGCACAGUGGGAGGAUAUCACAGGCACAACUCCUCUCACCUUUGUCAAUGACUGCGUCUCCUUUACCACCAAUGUUUCUGCCAGGUUCUGGUUAGCAGACUGCCACCAAAUCCCAGAGACGGUGGGUUUGGCCACACAGCUGUACAGGGAGCUGAUCUGUGUGCCCUACAUGGCUAAGUUUGUGGUGUUCGCCAAGAUGAACGACCCAGUGGAGUCCAGACUCAGGUGUUUCUGCAUGACAGAUGACAAAGUGGAUAAGACCCUGGAGCAGCAGGAGAACUUUGAGGAAGUGGCCAGAAGCAAAGACAUAGAGGUUCUAGAGGGAAGGCCAAUCUACUUGGACUGCUAUGGAAAUUUGACUCCUUUGACCAAAGCGGGUCAGCAGUUAGUUCUCAACUUCUAUGCCUUCAAGGAGAACCGUCUACCGUUCUGUGUCAAGGUCAGAGACCCCAGCCAAGAACCCUGUGGGCGUCUAACUUUCCUCAAAGAGUGUAAGACCAUUAAAGGUUUUCCACAAACUGCUGUAUGCAACCUGAACAUCACCCUUCCAGCAGUGAAAAAGGAUAUGGAAUCAGAUGCCGAGGAUGAGACUGAAAAGCCAGAUCGACGUCAUACCUUUGCAUCCCUAGCCUUACGUAAGCGCUACAGCUAUCUGGCCGAGCCUGCACUGAAAACAGCAGUUGAGCGAAGCACACCAGCAAGAACACUGCCUGCUGGUUACCCUCACAAACCUGUCUUUCCAACCAGACCUUACCCACCAUGGUCGACUGCUCCUAUUACCGUCCCUGGCCAAACAAGGCCAGUCGGACUGGGGGGUCCCAUCAACUCUUCCACUUCACCGGCAGCCUCACCAGCUGGUUCUCCAUUGAAAUCUACCUGGCCCUUGCCCUCUACAUCCCCUGCUUAUCCAGCAUCUAUCAAAACCACCUUGGGAGCUCCGCCACCAGGACCCAAUAUGUCAUCUCCAGUCAAAUCCAUUAGUGACUCAGUGUCCUCAUCCCCUGUAAGGUCCUGCAGGACUAUGGCUUCACCCAUUAAAACUGUCGUUCAGCAGGGCCAGUACCCUGUCCAGGGGUCUGCUAGCCUUGUGUCUUCUGGAAGCCCCUCGAAACAUGGCACAGAUCCAGCAUCUAUAAAAAGCCUUGCUUCAGCAUACACAUCAAGGACUUCCCCACUUCACUCACUACCCAAUGGGGUACCAGAACGACCAACAGCUCCUAGCUCUACUCCAGUAUCGCCAAAGACCUCUUUCAACAUGUACAACCUGCCUUUUAAAACAGCUCUGGGGUCCUCAACCGAUACUGGAGCACCUACCCACUCUCCUGUUAAAAACAUCUCCAGCAUGUCUUCGAUAAAAACCUCUGUCGACUCAACAUUAUCAUCCCGAGGAGGAAGGUCGUCCCUCUCCUCUCUUUCCUCAGCUGGACAGACCACAAUCGCUUCCUCAGAACUGUCCAUGAUGAAUGGCUCAGUAUCCCCAGUCAAAUAUCCUUCCUCCUCCUCCACACCCUCGUCCCCUUCUUCUCGUCUUCUCUCAGAGAGAAGUAGCAGCCUUCAGGAGAGGAUUCAGGCCACCACGCAGGCAGCAACUUCUGGCGUCAGUGCAGCCAUUAAUGAAGCUAUAGACUCGUACUCUGUUUCAGGCUACAGCACACUUAAAUCACUGUCCUCCUCACGUAGAUCUGCAACCGCAAGCUCGGCCUAUGGUUCUUUCAGAUCUGUAGUUCCCACAACCACCUCUGCAGUUUGUCCUAAUAAAGUGACUGUACCUGUAUAUUCAUUAGUAAAUGUCAUGCCAGAGACCCCUGCCAAACCUGGACCAGGGUCUCUCAAAAUGGCAUUGCCUGAUACCUCCCGUGCCUCAUCGUCAUCUUCUUCUUUGUCUUCUUGCGUGACCACAUCCAAAAUAAAUUCCCAAAUGAAAUCCCCUCCAUUCAUUACACCCCCCAUUAUCCACCCAACUGCUGCUUCCAAUCAGGAAAUACUAAAGGAUGUAGCAGACAUGAAAGAAGAUUUAAUGAGAAUGACAGCAAUCCUACAGACAGACACACAGACAGCAGCUAAAACGGUCCAAACGUCACAUACUGGUACUCCCAGAGAGACAAAGUUAGAGGAUGAGGAGCCAUUUACUCUAGUGGAGAAAGUGAAGGAAGAUUUAGUGAAAGUCAGUGAGAUAUUACAGAAAGAUAUAUUGAGUGAGGGAAAAGAGAGAGCCUCAGAAGAUGAAUGGGAGGAGUUUUCCAAAGAUGAAAUUGAGGAGGCACAGAGAAGUGUCCUGUUAGAACAUUAUCCUCCUUUUGAUGAAAGCAAACUCCUUCUGAAGCAGUCUAUCUCCAGUAAAGACUUGGAGUUGGCUGAAGUAGUAGAUUACUUAACAAAUGACAUUGGUGCUAGCUCGCUCUCCAAAAUGGCAGAGUUGAAAAGUAGGUAUGAAGAAGAGGUAAAAAGGGAGGGGGAAGAGAAACAGAAACGUGUUCUAAAACCAUCGAUGACAAUACAAGAGCACAAACUCAAAAUGCCACCACCAGUCUCAGGCAUGCACACUUCUCCCUCAGAAAAGGACUUAAGUAAACUCGCUGAAUCAUAUCAAGGGACAGAGACUACUUUGGAGUCACCUGAGGAUCUGUCUCAUGAACAGGAUAAGAGUCCCCUGUCAGACAGUGGGUUUGAGACCAGGAGUGAAAAGACACCAUCUGCACCUCAGAGUGCAGAAAGUACAGGGCCUAAGCCUUUAUUCACAGACUCACCUAUCCCUCCUUGCGUAACUGAAACUAGGACUGAAGUGGUCCACAUUAGGAGCUAUGAGCAGCCAGACGAACUAUGUGAGCCUGUACUUGCAGAGGAAGCUGCACCUGCUAUUCCAGCUAUAGAGCCAGAUGCAGCCUCUACCGGUACAGUCCAAACCUUACAGAUGAUGCUGCCAGAGGAAGACUCCAUGAUGAACAAAAGCAUGUGUCUUAAAGAAGAAACCCAUAUUACCACUACUACUAGAAUGGUCUAUCACAAGCCCCAGUUGACCGAUGGUGCAGAAAUGCUAGAGGAAGCCAUGUCAGUUAGAGAUAUCAUGAAAGCAUUUCAGUCAGGAAGAGACCCAUCUAAAGAACUAGCAGGCCUUUUUGAACACAAAGCGAGCCAGGACUCUGUCAAAGGUGAUGAACUGACUCCCAGAUUUCUUGACAGAGAUAUAAAAUCUAAACCCAAAGUUGAAAGGAUAAUUGAGGUUCAUAUAGAAAAGGCACACAGCACAGCAGAGCCAACUGAGGUUAUAAUCAGGGAAACAAAGAAACACCCUGAGCUAUAUGUCUAUAAAGGAGAACGUGGAAUUAAAGAACUCAUUGAUUAUGAUGAGGCUCAACAGGAAGAAGAGGAGCUUACUGCUGAGGAAUCCUUGCCCUCCUUCUUGGAAACAUCUCGGGUCAACACCCCAGUGUCACAGGAAGAGGACAGUCGACCAAACUCUGCCCAGUUAAUAGCAGAUGACUCAUACAAAGCCCUGAAACUAUUAAGUCAACAUUCUAUAGAAUACUGCGAUGAUGAGUUGUCAGAGUUUAGAGGCGAGUCAUAUAGGUUUGCAGAAAAAAUGCUACUCUCUGAGAAGCUUGAUGCUUCAUCAAUGUCUCAUUCUGACACAGAAGAACCAACAAUUGACAAAAACCGCCGUAUCAGUUCUGAGGAGAGUGGUAGCCGCAGUACAGAGCAUGGAAGUCCCAAAAAGGAAUUUAUUUCUAAAUCCUCAAAAGAUGGGUCCCCUAAAGCAGGUAAAUUCAUGCACAGAGAUGAAGCAUCUCAAUUUGACAAAGUGACAGUGCUUCAUUACUCAACAGAGCAAGGUAGUCCUAAACAUGCAGUGUGGAUGCGAUUCACAGAGGAUAAACAUGACAAGAGCAGGGAGAAGCUCCUCUAUGAGGACAGGGUAGACCAAACAGUGAAGGAGGCAGAAGAAAAACUCAGUGAGGUUUCUCAGUUUUUCCGUGACAAAACAGAAAAGCUGAAUGAUGAACUGCAGUCCCCUGAGAAAAAGCCUAUGAAAAAGGAGAUGAAAGAACCAAGGUCUUGGCCAAGCUCAACUUGCAGUAGCCCUGAGAAGACACAGCAGAAACCUAAGACAGGAGUAGAGGGGUUAGGUAAAAGCAAGCUUAGAGAGCCUUCUGUCAGUAAGAUGUUUAGCAGCCCCACAGCAACUGAGAAGAGGAGUUCUAGUUUACCAAGCAGUCCUCAGAAAAGUACACUGUCUCAUAUCUCUGAUGAUAAACAGCCAACUAAGACCAGUGAGUCUGCACCCUCUUCUCCAUUGAAAACAACCUCCAAAGUCAGUGCUGUGAGGAUGAAGUUUGAGUCUGCAUCUCAGAAACAAACUAGUCCAACCAAAAUCCCCCCACCUGUACAGCCAAAACCAUCAAUAAAAAAGCUACAAGAGAGUAAGCUCCCUGUUUAUCAGUUUUUGGCAGGAAAAACAUCAAAAACAUCAGAUGAUGAAAUGGCCCAAACUGUUGAAAAGGAUGUUGAAAAGGAUAAACCAACACCCAAGGAAAGUGGUAAAACUGCUUUAACACCAUCAGUGUCUAAAGCCCCCAAGCAUGCAGAAGACAGCCUAACAAACAAUGUCUCAAAAUCCUCUUUGCAAAGAAAGAUUAGUGAAACUGAGAUUGAUAAAACUGAUAAGGGAAAGCAUAGUGGAACUCAGGAAAGCAAAGAAAGCAGUAAAGGUCAAAGACUUCCUGUAGAUGACGGUAACAAUGUUAAAAAAUACCAACAAGCCAUAAAAUGUGAGACCACUUCUAAAGAUGCAACAGCUGAGGGAUCAAGAACAGACAAUGGAGAGCUACUAAAUAAAAACCUUAGAAAAAAGUCAGAGACUCAAAUUCCUGUAAGAACAGCAUCUCCUACAUUAGACAAUGACCUCACGAAGAAACAAACAAUAACUAAACCUUCACAGAUUCCUACAUUAUCGAAGACUAAAAUACAAACAAGUAUAGAAAAACCCCCAACAAAAACAGAUCUAACGUUUGAAAUUUUAGAUAAUGCCCCCAAAGAUUCCAACUCCAAUAACCUUCCUAGUCCCAGAGAGGUGCUAGAGAAGGUCAUAGCUCCUCCCACAACUGUAACUACCAAAGAAAAUUUUAAGGGCAUCAAAACUUUACCUGUAUAUGUGGGUGUCCAGGUGGGCAGGCAGGCAGAGAGGGAAGCCAAGGGUACACUCUAUACAGUAAAACAGAAAUCAAACAAUGGACUUAGUCCCAUAAGCCCAGAUGAUGACACACUAGAACAGGUCUCUUUCAUAGACAGCUCAGGGAAAAGCCCCCUUACACCAGAAACCCCCAGCUCUGAGGAGGUCAGCUAUGACCUCACUUCACGGACCCCUGAUGGCUUUAUGGGAUUUAUGCCUGGGAAACCAAGCCCCAUCAUGGAAGUAUCUGAGGAAUCAGAGGAAGAAGAAAAAGUUUUCUCUUUUAAAGAGGCAGUACCAAAAACCAAAAUUAGUGCCCCUGACACUCAAGCAGAUCUUGCUAAUGCCAAUAAGCAAGAGACCAAAAUGAAUGAUAAUGAACAGAAAUUAAAUGGUCUCAAAGAGCAAGAAGCAAUAGCAAGUGGUAAGAAGGAUGAAACAACAGGACAGGAGCCACAAGAAACUUCAAAAGACAAAGGUAUUGCAUAUAUUGAGUUCCCCCCUCCUCCUCCUUUGGAUUCAGCCUCAGAAACAUCAGACGCAGAGAGGAAAGGUUCAUGUGCAUCUUCAGAGACGGAGACAGAAAUGAUGGAGGUGAACUUACAGGAAGAACAUGAUAAGCAUCUGCUCACUGAGCCAAUCAUACGUAUUCAGCCCCCCUCACCAGUUCCACCUGAGGCAGAUGACAGUCAGUCAAAUGCUGAAGAGGCAGAAGACGAAGAGGACGAGUCUAUCUUCCAGCCAAUCCCUUGUAAAAAAUUCACUUUUAAAGUUCCUGAGGAGGAGGAGGAGGAGGAGAAGAAAAAGGAGAAGAGUUCUAAAUCUAAAAAACAUGAUAAGAAUGGAAACAGCAAAGAACUUAAUGGUGGGACUAAUGGCUCCAAUGGUACAAAUGGUUCCAAAGGUUCAAAUGGCAAAGGAGAGGACUAUGAUUAUGAACAGAAUGGAAAUGACCAGUCAAUAACAGACUGUUCAAUCGCCACAACAGCUGAAUUUUCUCAUGACACAGAUGCAACAGAGAUUGACUCAUUAGAUGGAUAUGAACUUCAGGAUGAGGAUGAUGGCCUGUGUGAGCAGGCAGAUUUAAGGCUAUUUGGCCUCCCAGACAGCCGGAGAGAUGUCUGGGCAACUGACUCCUUUAGGUCUACUGACCGCUCUUUCCCUCAGACCAAAUUGGAGGUUAUUGAAGAGGAGAAAACAUCUGAGGAAUAUCAGAAAGAUACUUUCAAAAAAGAAACUCCCUCGAAUGGAGAAAAAGCUAAUGGUACUAAAAAAGAUGGGCAGGAUGAAAAACCCUCCGAUAAGGAGGGGUUUUCAGACACUUACUUUAGUUAUAAAUUAGAGGAGGAGUUUAAUUCCACUUUUAAGACUGUUGCCACUAAAGGGUUGGACUUUGACCCUUGGCCCAGUAAAGGUGGAGAAGAAGAAGUUGUUGACAUGGGAGGGACACGGGGGAGCAAUGGUGAGCCUAAGCCAUUUGGGCUGGCAGUUGAUGACCAGUCUCAGGCCACAACACCAGACACUACCCCGGCCCGAACGCCAACGGAUGAUAGCACUCCGACAAGCGAGCCAAACCCAUUCCCCUUCCAUGAAGGGAAGAUGUUUGAGAUGACACGCAGUGGUGCGAUUGACAUGAGCAAGAGGGACAUGGUGGAGGAGAGGCUCCAGUUUUUUCAGAUUGGCCCUCAGAGUCCCUGUGAGAGAACAGACCUCCGCAUGGCAAUAGUAGCUGACCACCUCGGACUCAGCUGGACUGAGCUGGCCAGGGAGCUGGAUUUCUCUGUGGAGGAGAUCAACUUCAUCAGAGUGGAAAACCCUAAUUCCCUGACAGCACAGAGCUUCAUGCUCCUAAAGAAAUGGGUGUACAGGGAUGGUAAAAAUGCCACAACGGAUGCUUUAACUGCGGUGCUGACUAAGAUCAAUCGGUUGGAUAUUGUGACUUUGCUGGAAGGGCCCAUUUUUGACUACGGUAACAUUUCAGGCACACGCUGCUUUGCCGAUGAUAACGCAGUAUUCCCGGAUCAGUCCGAUGGAUACCAGAAUAUAGAUCUGGAGCUGCAAACCCCCACAGAGCUGAACUACGAGCCCCCUACCCCACUGCGCUCAGACGACUUCUUUAGCGAGGGCGAUGCUAACUUAGACUCCCCUAGGUCCGCCCUUACUAGACCUAGUGACCUCUCUCUCACUCAGACCACCAGUACCUCCAGCAGCGAACCAGUCACGGUCAUACCAGGCCUCGGAUCUAGUGCCCCGGAGGUUACCCUCGCCGGGGCUGAAGAAAUAGGUGAAGAAGCAGCAGGGGGGAGAAGAGAGAUAAAGGUUUCUUAUGAGUGUCCUGAUAAUGACAGAAGAGCAGUAGAGCAACAAGGAAAAGUGGCAGACGGGCACACUAAGGCCUUAGAGGAGGCAGGUCACAGUGAUGCGAGUCAGGGAAGAAACCAAGUGAUUACAGCCUCAGACGCCGAACACAGAAGUGGAGGGCAGCGAGAAGAAGAAGAAGAAGAGGAGGAGGAGAUGACCCAGGAGAGGCUUCAGAGUCUGCUGGAGGAUAUAAAGCAGGAGGGAGGCUUGGAGGAUGAGGAGAUGACAGAAGAGAGAGUAAAUGCCAUUCUUGAACAAGUACGGCAAGCAGAGAAGGACAUGUGUUCAGUUCCAGGCUGGCGAAGUGAGACAUCCAGCACAGUGGUGGAGUCGGCAGCCCCUGGCCACAGCUCUGGUCCUGAGGAGGGCAGCCCUGACAGCCUAGCUGAUUCAUUGGAGCAGCCCCCGACCAAGACAGACAGACAGAAUGGAGGCCACACUCAUGCAGCCAGGAACGGAAAGGACGACACCAAGAGGAAGGGGUCUCAGGAGGACAGCAGCACAGCAGGACCGAGCAAAGGACGGGACGAGAAGGCGGAAAACGGAGACAGAUCCCAGCACAAAGUCCAGGGCGAGGAGGCCAGAAACAUUCCCGGAGAGUCGGUGACAGAGGAGCAGUUUACAGAUGAAGACGGGAAUCUGGUCACCAGAAAAGUGAUCAGAAAGGUGGUGCGUCGAGUGGUCAACUCAGAGGAAUGGCGGGAAGGAGAAAGCGAUACCGUUUCAGAGUCAAUAGUUGGUGAUGGUGGUGAUGGUGGUGGUGUAGCAGUAGGUGGAGCAGACGCUGCUUCUGCUGCAGGAAAAGGAUCCACAGGGGGAAAGGGAAAGAAGAGGGGGAAACGAUCCCGGCAGGGCAACAAGGCAGAGGAGGCCCAGAGGGGGAAAACUGAGACUGGAGACAGUGCCAACAAAAAACAAGGGAAGAAGGGUCAGUCAUAACAGUGGAGUUCUUAACCUGAUCCACAGACGUCCACCUGUGACACCAUGCAUCCUGGGAGGAAAAACAAACUGGAACCCAUGAACAUAUGGGAGCCUUGUCAAUCAGCCAAAACGUGUCUGAAGCUUUCACUUUAAGCGCAUGGUUUUCAGCAAGUCAAAGCAAAACAAGUUACUUUUAUUUGAUUUCGCAUGAGCAUGUCACCAAACUCACUUGUGGUUGGAACAGCGAACAGCACCAGAGCACACGCACAGACGUGAGCCGAACUUCAUGUUUGAAGAAUGAAAGGUGUCUGUGACCAAAGAUGGCACAAACAGGAAAAACGCUAAUUGCUGACAGACUUGUGAAUCACUUUCUCUCAGACACUCGCCUUAUAUGGUAUAUUUUUCUUCUUGGACCCACAGUAUUGGGGUGCACCAUGUGGUUCUUUUUUUAAAAAAACAAAUGAAAUAUAGUAAAUGGGUGAUUUUGUUGUACAUAAAUGACACUGUAUAAAAUGAAAAAAAAAAAAAAAAUCAGUAGCUUCAGAGUUUAUGCACUGAUUUACAUUGAUGAAAGCUUUGCAGAGACAGUGCAUUUGUAUUGAGAGGUCAACACUAAGCAGUCUUGAGUGCGUGACCUCACAUGCUCUUCCCAAAUGAAUAAAUAGGAACAAAAGCUGUAUGUAAAUGAGAAAGGAAUGAAAAAACCUGCUUGAUUUAACAAAGGACAUUUCUUGAAAGCCAAUUGCUACUCCUCUGUCUGUGGAAAUGUUUUUGUCUUCAGAGAACUAAUAUUUUGCUGCAUGUGACGUCACUUUAUUUUAAUGCUUUCCUAUUUUUCUCCUAAUUCGAAGCACUGUACUACGAUUAGAGAGGGUUUGCCGGUACUUAUCUGUGUGAGCACUCAUAAUAACUCAACCAUCUGUCAUCUAUAACUGUUUUUAUUAUUUUUUACAGAAACAAAACUCACCGCCGUGUACUCGCACUCCACACUUUUGAGAUAGCAAUGCUUCAUACUUAUGCUUCCAGAAGAUACUUACCAUUGCAGUUAAUUCUACAAGCUGAGAAAGUCACCCAUGAAAGACUGUGUCCCUGAAUGUUACCUGCAGACUGCCAUUUUGUUAGCUUCAAAAUGCUAGCAGCCCUGUGUGCGAUGGCGAAUAACUGUCUGUAAGCUCAUCCUGUCUGUGUACUACAAGUAUUUAGGCUUUUAGGUCUGCCGUGGUUUUUAACAGGGAACGUUUUAUUUUGAUGGUUUGAUAACUUUUAUCUUUAUUUAAUUAGUUGUAUUUACAUGAGAACAGAUAAUCUCAUUUUUAGCCCCAUCACUCAAAUCUAGAUCUUUUUACUUAACAAAUAAAUCACAUUAAUCACAGUAUUGAUCACAACUGGUUAAAAAUCUGAUUUUCUGUUCUGUGUAAUUUUUUUUUUUUUGUCUUUUUUCAUACAACACCACCUAAAGCAUCUGUUAUUGAUAAUAAAUCUGGUACCAACAUGUAUGAACAACCAACAUAGCCUACACUGGAUGAUCAAAAUAAUUAUUUAAGCAGAAAAUAAAUUGUGUUUAAACUGAA